AUGGACUAUCUGCGUUCACUUUUCUUUGCGCCGGAGGAGGCCUUUUCGCGGGAGCGUGUGCGGAAUGAGCUUGCACGCGAAAGCCUCUCCAGGGCCAAGCUGCAGCGCAGGAGCGAAGAGGAGGCCCACGCGGCUGAGAUGGAGCGGCUGGACGAUGGGGUGCGGGGGAAGCGGGAGUCGUUCGCGGCGGCCGCCAAGCCUCUCCUUGAGGAGUUUGACGACGUCUCGCUGGCGCAGCACUACUACCAGGAGGUGUCGAAUAUUGUGGCCAGCCACCUGCACGUGGUGACCCAGUUGGCCGAGCGUGACUUCAGCGAAUUUGGGUACGUAAGCAAGAAGCUGAUCUCCGUUGGUCUCAACCUGGAGGCGUUGAAGAGCCGCAUGACAAGCGGUGCGCCUUUCAGGGAGGAGUUGAACACUGCCUUGAAGGACGCGGAGAGCAGCGACUUGUCCAUCGUUGCGGCGCCACUACGCCACGUGCAAAGCGUCCCGUCCGCGGCGUCGGUUCGCGCCACGGCCUUUGAACUCGCUCGCGCCAUGGAGGAGGCGGGAAAAGACGGCCCGCUGCAGGAGCCUGUCCGCGGCUGGCUGGAUCUCUUCAAGUUUGGCACGUCGAUUAGCCCCACGAUGCUCGAGGCUCGUCAGGUUGAGGCGCGGCGUGCGGCGAAGCAGUUCCUCGGCCACGUUGAGCGUGGGGAACACCACAAGGCGUUGGGCCUGGCGGAGGAGGUGUGCCUCAAGGCAAGCCGUGGGGCGGGCGCCGCCGAUGCGGCGCUGCUUGAGCAGGCUUUUGAGGCGUUUAGGGAUACUGUACUUCCGACGAUUGCCUCUGACAUCUUUUUGCGGUACGCCCGAGCAUCGCUAGACGCGUCUCGUUUUGCCUGCGUAGAAAAGAUGUUGAAGGAAUAG